GUUAUGUCAAAAUUGAUUUUGUGUUGCUCAGAAUAUAAUUAUUUUAUUUUCUCGUUGUCGCUUAUUUCAAUAAACAAAUUUUGGCACAAGAAGUAAGUACUACCGUUGUACUACCUAAUCCGUAAUAGCAAAAAUUUUAAGAAAACUGCAUCAGAGUACCAUGGACGUGCAAAGGAAUGUUCUAUAUUUUUUGUAAUAGUAAUUGGUGUAUACUACUCCCUUUAUGAAAAUGAAGAAAGAAGUACAAGUACGAGUAUUCUGCAAUAAGGUUUUAAGAAAACUAUAUCGGUGUAAGUACCGUCAACGUGCAAAGGAAUGUUUUAUAUUUGUUAUAAUAGUAAUUGGUGUAUACUAUUUCCUUUAUGAAAAUGAAGAAAUAAGUACACAUAUUCAUCCACUGCAAGAAGGUCACUUUGAUUCUCCGAUCAAGCACGGAAUACAAUACUUGAUCAAUACUUCCCAAUGUAAAAUACCAAAAGCCAAUCCAUACAGCGCAGAGAUUCUUGAGUUUGUUUCUAAAGAACCAUAUGAAAAAUGUUCGAAUAAAACUUUGCUAUCGUACAUGAACAAAACGAAUGGCAUUGUUACUUUACAUUUCAACCGAAGCGCACAAAGAGAAUACAGUAGUUAUUUCAGCAUAAAAUGCUGCUAUUCGAAUAUUACUAGGAUUAAUUAUGAAACAAAGGCGGAUGACCAAAUUAAGCUGACUGAUUGCAUUGCCUUCGAAGAUUCAGUAGAAAUAAAUUAUCCUUACGUCAGUGUUAAAUGUUCAACAUUUUUUAGUGAAGUAUACAGCAACGUUCACGCUACAACUUUUUCCAUCUCUAAAGAACCCAAAAAACCUGGCGGAAAACCAAAAUUUAGUAUUAUGAUGCUCGGAAUAGACAGCGUAUCAAAAUCUAAUUUAGAACGCACCAUGCCAGAAACCUUCAAAUGGACUGAAAGUAAUAUGGUUAGUCUUAAGGGGUAUAACAAGAUCGGUGACAAUACAUUUCCUAACUUGAUGGGAAUACUAAGUGGGUAUAAUGUGGACCAGUUAUCGACGUUUUGUAACCGCACCAUAAAACAAAACCAUUGCAGGUUAAUCUGGGACAAAUUUAAAGAAUCUCAAUACAUAACAGGAUAUGCAGAAGAUGACUGCAAUAUUAACACGUUCCAUUAUCAACGUUUAGGAUUUUUAGAAGAACCCACAGAUUAUUAUUAUCGUCCUUACUUUUUAGCAGCAGAAACUUUGCAUGGUACUCGAUUGAGAAGAAAUAUGAUCUAUUGUGCUGGUCCCGAAACGUCUGGAGAAAGAAUACAAAAUGCAGCUAAAGAUUUCGCUGUUACUUUUAAGGACGUUCCAUCUUUUGGACUGUUUUGGAGUAACAGUUAUAGUCAUGAUAAUAUCAAUAUGCCAAGUGUCAUGGAUAAGAAGAUGUUACAACUUUUGUCUAGUACUGAAUUUCUAAAAGCCUUAAAUAAUACCAUUUUCAUAUUUUUUAGUGAUCAUGGUUUCAGAUUUGGUAAUAUUAGAUUUACUGAUACAGGUUGGUUGGAAGAAAGGCUUCCUUUUAUAUAUUUCAGAUUUCCAGAUUUCUUUAAACAUACUUAUGCAAAUGAAUACAAUAAUUUUAUAACAAACACAAAUCGAUUGACAUCACCCUAUGAUAUCCACAACACUUUCCAAAACAUUUUGAACAUCGGCAAUGAUUCUUACGUACCAUCAUGGAGUCAAGGAUGUUCCAGCUGCCACAGUUUGUUUGCUGAAAUUCCGGAAAAUAGAACAUGUAAAGACGCAGGUAUUAGUCAACAUUUUUGUACUUGCCAAGGACACACAUACAUCAAACAAGAUCAUCCCAAAGUGAUAGAUGUAUCGAAAUUUAUUGUAUAUGAAAUCAACAACAUUCUACUUACAACUGAGGGGGGUUCAUUAUGCGCAAAAUACAAUUUAACUAAAGUAAUGACCUCUGGUAUGUCUGAACCAUAUUGGAACGAAGAUCACAAAUACGUCCACUUCUUUUUAGUUAUGCUGGAAACAAGUCCUAAGGCUAAUUUUGAAGCUACCGUCGAAGCUCCAUAUGAGGAAAUAAAUAAUAAUAUUUCUACAACUCGAAUAAAUAAUAGUUUUAUGUUGUUAGGUGAAAUUAGUAGAAUAGAUAGAUACGGACCUGUGACAAAAUGUAUUACAGAUAAUGCUUAUCUAAAGAAAUACUGCUACUGCCGUAAUAAAUUGUAACAAAAUUAUAUAGAUGUUAAGGUAAGAUUAAUCGUAUUUAACAGUAUGAUGCAAAACAAUGGAAUAAAUUCAUUAUUUCAGAAACACACGACUUUUAACAAAAAUUUUAAAACACGUCAAUAGGGCUUUUCAUCGAUUGUCAUUUGUUUCGAGCUCCUGUCAUAAUAUGUUGUAUAAUCUGUGUGUAAUAUUAAUAUACACGGAUUAAACGACAUAUGAAAGAAGCUCGAAACAAAUGACUGUGAAUGAAAAGCCCUAUUGUAAUUUUUGAAUGGCCAUCAUUUGCUGUAUACAGUUGAGUCCGCGAGUCUUUACCCGUGCGUCAUUAAUAUGGCUUUUCAUUGAUUGUCAUUUGUUUCGAGCUUCUGUCAUGUGUCACAUAAUAUUAAUAUAUCUACAUCAUACGUCUUCGAUUUGUAUCAUUGGUAUAUACCAAUAACGUAUGACGUAGAUAUAUUAAUAUUAUGUGACACAU